AGCGAGCGAGAGAGAGAGAGAGAGCGAGAUCGAAGCGAUGGAAUGCAGGCCGCUAGGGUUCUUGCUGGGCCUCCCCUUCGCGCUGGUCGCGGUCGUCCUGUCCCUCGUCGGAGCCGUCGUCUGGGUCCUCGGGACGAUACUGAGUUGCCUGUGCCCGUGCUGCAUAUGCUUCGCCGGGCUGGCGAACCUGGCGGUGGAUCUGGUGAAGCUCCCGGUCAAGGUGCUCGGUUGGUUCACCGAUCAGAUUCCUUGCUAAGUCUUUCCUCCUGAUCCCUUGUGUGUGUGUGUGUGUGUGUGUGUUCUUCUCUUUUGCUUCCUCCAUUGUUUUAUUUUAUUUUUAGGGCCACACCAUCUUCUUCUUCUUCUCCUUCUCCUUCUCCUUCUCCU